UACCACCGAGACGCACGGGGAUGGGCGGCUGCCGCCCGCGGCGGCGGCUCUUCCGUGUCGCGUCCUUGCGCGCCCCCGCGUGGCAGUCAGCGUGAAGGCCAGCCUCUGGCUUCUGCGGCUUCGCGGCGAGUCGCCUUGCGGCUCCGGUGGCCCUGGAUCCGCGCUGUGCCCAGUCCCUGCCCGGCCCAGCGCCAGACAAGGGGCGACGCCUCGAGGUAAAAUCUAGGAGGUGCAGGAGGCGAACUCUGCAAGAGGCCCUGUUGUCCCGGAGAAGCCUCUCAGCGGCGCAGACGAGCGGGUGCGAUGAUGGAGGAGGAGGAAUGCGGUUUAGGGAAGUCGUGUGCCCGCUCUGAGCCAGUGGCGGCUGCCCAACCGGCGGGAUCCCCAGGGGAGACCCCCGCGGUCACCGCAGAGUCCCCGGAGCUCGCGAACCACAGUAGCAAGUGCGUGUUCUGCCGGAUCGCGGCGCACCAGGAUCCCGGCACCGAACUCCUGCACUGUGAGAAUGAAGACCUAGUUUGCUUCAAAGAUAUCAAGCCAGCAGCACCUCAUCAUUAUCUUGUGGUGCCAAAGAAGCAUUUUGAAAACUGCAGAUAUCUAAAGAAAGAUCACAUAGAACUCAUUGAGAACAUGGUGACUGUUGGAAAAGCCAUUCUAGAGAGGAAUAAUUUCACUGAUUUUGCAAAUACAAGAAUGGGUUUCCAUGUGUCACCAUUCUGUUCCAUUGCCCACUUGCACCUUCAUGUUCUGGCACCAGCUGAUCAGCUGAGCUUCUUGUCAAGAUUGGUUUAUAGAGUGAAUUCCUAUUGGUUUAUCACAGCUGAUUAUUUGAUUGAAAGACUAAGAACAUGAAAAUGUCAACAGUGGAAGAUUUCCUAAUCUUGGCUCAACAUAGACUAAUAUUUUCGUCUCUUUGAAGUCUAAUUACAAUUGUAAGGUUCACUGGGUUUUAUGAGAAGCUAUUACUGGGUAGCCUUAAAUUGUUUCUUCAUGUUUGUUUCCUGAAAUGUGUGAUGUAGUCAUAUAAAUUCUUUGUCGUUGACUUUGUUUUAAUGGUUCCUUGUCUAAAGUAUAAGAUACUCUAGAUAAAGUCCUAUUAAAACAAAUUCUGUUAAUCAAGAAGGGCUCUGUAUUUUUUUAAGAAAUUCAAAUAUUUUUAUUUCUCAGUAAGUAGUCAGUUAUAAUACUCUUGCCUGGAAAAUCCCAUGGGUGGAGGAGCCUGGUAGGCUGCAGUCCUUGGAGUCACUAGGAGUCAGACAUGACUGAGUGACUUCACUUUCACUUUUCACUUCCAUGCAUUGGAGAAGGAAAUGGCAACCCACUCCCGUGUUCUUGCCUGGAGAAUCCCAGGGAUGGGGGAGCCUGGUGGGCUGGCGUCUAUGGAGUUGCACAGAGUCGGACACGACUGAAGCGGCUUAGCAGUCAGUUAUAAUAGUGAUUUAUUUAUGAAGAAUAAACCGGUAUAAAAGUACUUUGUUGGAACCUUUGUUAUAUGAAGGAGAGAAAUAAAUUACUUAUUGAUUGUUCUGUAAUUUUACAUGUAAAAUUUCAAAAUAAAGAGCACCAUACUACACAGUGAUCUCUGAUCUUGAUGGAAAGAAUUGUAUGCGUGUCACUUUUUACUCAGACUUCAGGUGCUGGUUUUCACUUCCUGAAACCUAGCAUCUUUGUAAUAAAUUGAUACUGAAAGCUGUAUAGUAUAUAUAAAAUAACUUCUCUCUAACAGUGAAUUUGCUACCGCAAAUCAAUUUGGUUAUCCAAGAGAAUUCAUUGUAUUGGAAUUUUACCUGUAAGAAUAUAAAUGGGGAAGAAACAUGAAGUGGUUUUAUUAAUAUAUUAAAAACUGGAGGAAGCUGCUGCUUAAUAAUUUGUCUACUAUACCAAAGGAAAGUUAGAAUUACAAAGUGAUUAGACCUGUCUUUUAUCAUGAACAAGCCCUGACUUGAAAGUAGGCAUGGAUAGGUGCGGAUGAGAAAACUUACUUUAAUAAUACAUUAAAUACAUUAAUAUUAUUGAUAAAUCAUUUCAUGAGACACAUUUCUUUAGGAAUUGUCUUUUGGUGCUAACCUACACUAAUAGCAGUGAAUGUGAAUGAGAAAUAAGCACUGAAAGCUGAUCUUACGUUGUGCCAGUGUAUAAUUGUACCAUGUACAUGAAUAUAAAUGAAUAUAAGGAUUAAAGUAUUGAUCUUAGAAAUAAUCCAAGAAGACUAGUUUGGUUUUUUUUUUUUUCCUUCCUUUUUGGGGUGCAUUAUAUUAAACGUAGUUUUUAGUAAUGAAAUACUUAUUACAAUUACAGUGUUUUUCAAUAUUGUCUAGUUCAUUUAUUCAUUCAACAAACAUUUGCUGAGCAUUUAACUUGUACCAGGCACUGCCAGGAUCAGGAAAUAUAGAAGUGAGAAAGGACCAUCUGCCUUUAAUUGCCAAUAUAAGGA